ACACAAAAUAUAUAAACAAAUUUAAAAAAUAAAAAUAACAAUUUACAAAUCAAACUUCAUCAAAUUAUUAUAUAUUUUGAUUUUAAAUUAAUUAUUGAAUGCAGUAACGAAAUAAAUUAAAAAGAACAUAUUAAAUAAAUAUCCAAAACAUUUUAAAAUAACAAGUUACAGCAUUAUUUAUGUAUUCAUGGACUCUAUAAGAUCAAUAAAUAAAAAUGAUAUCAGAAUUCGCGAAAGAAAAAGUUUUUUGGACUAGAAAAAUGAAUCUAAAAUUGGUAAAGUUCAUACAGCGUAGACCAAAUAUAUGGAAUCCAAAACACCCAAAAUACACUUCAGUUGCAUACAGGGACCGCACAUACGCUGAAUUUGCAUCGAAAUACGGUAAUGAAUUUACAGGCCAAGCUGUAAAAGACAGGUGGACAAAUAUAAGAUCUACUUUUGCUAAUUAUUUAAGAAAAAUAAAGGCUAGUCAAGCUAAAAGUGAUGGUGAGGAGUAUAGAGUGAACUGGCACUUGUGGGAAGCAUGUCAAUUUCUGAGAAAAGUCAAUCGAGCCGUUAAACUCCGCACAGACAACAUAGAAAUUGAAGAUAAAAAGGAUGUAUUUACAUCGGAAGAAAUGGAUUCUCAAAAUGAACUCGACUAUAACAGCGACCAAUAUUCUGACAAAAAUUCAACCAAUUCGACUAUUUCUUGCCGAGGUAUUGCAGAGAAUUUAGUAUCGGUAUUUAAAUGUGUGCAAAAUGACACAUUCAACUUAGAUAACACAAAAUAUGGUAAAGUGGGAAGAGCUGUCACCAAGAAAUUAAAUGAAAUGAGUUCCUAUGAAGCAGCGAGGAUGACACAACAGAUAGUGGACAUAUUAUGCCUUUAUGAUCAAAAUAAUUUAUUAAAUCCGAAUGAUUUGAAGACUGAAUGUAUAUAAAAUAAACUAUAUUUGCAUUUUA